AUGUCACCACCGCUGAUCAGGAGAUUAUAUCCUCGCGCGCACGAGGGUAGACUCCCAAUCAACCAUCCGGAACUCAAAGCAAUUAGGCCCAAGUUCUUCAAGGCGGCGAUACUCAACUUGUGCCUGUACAUCCUGCUGUUCUUCUGCCUCUUCUGCUAUCUGUAUGGGUCUCUUUUCCAGCAAGGACCGCGGACGCAUAAUCUUCAUAUACUCUUCGUCGACUACGAUGGCGGCGUCAUUGGAGAUGCCGUUCGGAAUGCAUACAGUUCGCUGCAGUCACACGAGUUUCCGAGUAUGAUUGAGCGAUCGGUUUCCCAGUUUCCGACCCAGGCCGACCUCAGAGAAGCCGUGUGCCAUGCUCACUACUGGGCUGCCCUGUUCACGUCUCCGGGAGCUUCCACGAGAUUAGGCCUUGCCAUUGCCGGACUCAAUACGACGCAGUACAAUCCGUCGGAUGUCCUCUCCUUCAUCUGGAAUGAAGCCAAGUACUCAGCCGUCAUGGACAGCCUCGUCGCGAGCAACCUCCACACACUAUCAGACACUGCCAAGGCAUCGUACAUAGCCCUCAACGGCACAUCUGCGUUUCCCACGAUCCCGUCCAGCAACAAUGCGGCAGCCAUCUCCGCCUUUACCAAUCCAUGGACGCUGACAUCCAUCAACAUCAUGCCCACGACCCAGGGCACCCGGACCGUCUACAACACAAUCACCAUUGUGCUGGCUCUGAUUGAAGACUUCUUCUAUCUCGCCACCAUCAACGGACUGUACGCCUCCUUCAAGGUCUACACGCGGAUAUCACCCUUGCGCAUCGUUCUCGUGCGCGACGCCAUCUCCAUCACGUUCACCAUGCUAGGCUCCCUGCUAAACUCCGCUGCCAUCUGGGCGUUCAAAGCCAACUGGCAUGUUUCAGCCGGCCAGUAUGCCAUCACCUGGCUUAUCCUAUGGCUGUUUGCUCACGUCAACUUUCUCGCCUUUGACGUCUUCACCAUCUGGUUGCCGCCGCAGUACGUCUCGAUGGCUCUCGUCACCUGGGUGGUCAUCAACGUCAGUUCCAUCAUACUUCCGUUCAGCGUGGUCUCUCCCUUUUACCGCUGGGGAUACGCCUUGCCGGCGCACGCAGCAUAUGAGUUGCUCACAGACAACUGGUCGCAUGGCUGCAACCCGCACUUGUCUUAUGCACUGCCAGUCUUGUUCUCCUAUGAGGUGGUUGGCCUCAUCUUGACAGGCAUAGGUGUGUACAAACGGUGUCAUUAUGCGGUCAUACUGGAGGAGACGACAAAGGAGGCCAUGCGCCUGCGUGUG